AUGCCCCGUCCGCGCUCGAUCGGCAUUGAAAUCAAUUCCGAUCAAUACGAGCUCGCUUUAGGCCGUCAGGUCGCCUGUCGCACGCCUUUUGCGAUCUCAACGCAACAAUCGCUCGUUCCGCGUCACGCAGCAGCGGGGCGUCGGUCGCACGCGCGCGGCAGCAUGGGAGGCGGGGAGGAGCUGCGGCAGCAGGGGGGAACAGGCGAGGAGCGGAUGGGGUGGCUGUCGGCUGUGGCGAUCGGCGCUAUCACCCCCGGCCUCAACCGUCCCACGCUUGUGCUCAUGAACGUCAUUCUGGUGGGGCUGCUGCUCUCCUUCGCCGCCCUGCUGCCCGCUGCCCUCCGUUACUCCUGCCCACCUGGAGGGGACAGCAGCAGUGGCAGUGAGGAUGGCAGCGCGGUGGAAGGUGGCAGCAGUGAGAUGCUGUACCACGUGGUGUUCCUGCUGCUGCUCACUCUGCUGCUCAUUGCUCUGCUCAACUGGUUGGCAUGGGAGGUGGGCACAGUGUCCGCCCACUCGCAGGCACGGCACCUGCUGGCACCUGCUGCGAGCAGCGAUGGUGCUGCUGAUGCUCACAAUGCGUCUGGGGCCCAUGAUGCCGAGGAUGCAAGCGGGUCAAGAGCAGCGCACGGCAAGAGGCACAAGAAGAAGCGUCAGGGCAGCAAGAGAAACUUCAAGGGAAGGCGCUGA